UGAGCAAUUGAUGGCGACGCAUAAGAAAACAACAGCAUAAAAUAGCCAUCCCAAGCCACAAACUCGCUCCUCUCUCUCUCUCUCUCUCUCUCUGCAAAGGCUUUGUGGUUCUCUCUCUCUAUCCUCUCCGAUUCAUCUCCUCGAUUCACCAGCCACCGCCGCCACUGCAAUCAUGAGUGACCAGGGGGAAAAGACUUGUCCACUUUGCGCGGAAGAGAUGGACUUGACUGAUCAGCAACUGAAGCCUUGCAAAUGUGGUUACGAGAUCUGUAUUUGGUGCUGGCAUCAGAUAAUGGACAUGGCUGAGAAGAAUGAGACAGAAGGGCGGUGUCCAGCAUGCCGCGCCCCCUAUAACAAGGAAAAGAUUGUUGGAACAGCUGCAAAAUGUGAAAGGUUGGUAGCUGAGAUGAACAUGGACAGGAAAACGAAGUUGCAAAAGCCAAGAAGCAAGACAUCUGAUGGAAGAAAGCAACUCAGUAAUGUUCGAGUAAUUCGACGAAAUCUGGCGUACAUUGUGGGCCUACCUCUUAAUCUUGCUGAUGAAGAUCUUCUCCAGCGCCGAGAGUAUUUUAGUCAGUAUGGAAAGGUGCUGAAGGUGUCUAUAUCUCGUACAGCAGCUGGUACUAUUCAACAGUUUGCAAACAAUACUUGUAGUGUAUAUAUUACUUACUCAAAAGAGGAGGAAGCAGUUCGUUGUAUUCAGUCAGUACAUGGUUUUGUCUUGGAUGGUAGAUCUUUGAGGGCAUGUUUCGGAACCACAAAGUACUGUCAUGCAUGGUUGAGAAAUUUGCCUUGCAGCAAUCCCGAUUGCCUCUAUUUGCAUGAGAUUGGUUCACAAGAGGAUAGUUUCACUAAAGAUGAAAUAGUAUCCGAAUACACAAGGGGUAGAGUUCAACAAAUUACUGGUGCUACAAAUAACAUGCAGCGGAGAUCAGGGGAUGUGUUACCACCACCAGCGGAGGAAUACCACAUUAACAGCUCUGCUACCUCCGGAAAAUCUCUCAGUAAAAGUGCUUCAAAUAAUCCAGCCAGCAGUAUCUGUGAUUCUCCGCCAAACAGUAGUUCUGGUCGAUCUGUUGCUCUUCCAGGAGCAACCUUCUGGGGAAUGCGUGCCUCUACUAACCAGCCACCAUCUGGAACUUUACCGUGUUCAAAUGGACCUUCAUACCAGAAACAUGAAAACUCUAAUGGGUCAAUUGCCUUUUCGACGGCAGCUGGAGGAACAAUACAGGUUCCUCCAUCAAAUGUUGAUGUUGGAAAGAAGCAUAUUCCUAAAGAGGAAUGCAGAACUGCUGCUUAUGAGGGUCCUGCCACACCAGGAAUUCCUGCUACCACAACUGUGGAUGUUCUGUUGCAAUCGCCACAGUUGGAGGACAAAGAUAGAUGCAUUAGUGCAGCAUCUAAUAACACAAAUUCUUUCGACCUUUCUGGGCAGUCUUUCGGUUUCAGUGCAGAUAAAGACCUGAAUAUUUCUUUGAAUGGGAAUAUUCAGAGUGCAUGUUCUGAUAUGGUGUCAUUGCGCAUUGGUAGACGACUUGGGGAUGAACAUUCUGCUGAUACUACGCCUAAUAGUUCACUUUCUGAAACCACCUUGAUUAAGUCACUUCAAAAAAAUCAGGUGUUACAACAAAACCAGCACCUAAGAGGACCUUCAACGUCAAUUGCACUUGGGAAAGCUUUGUUUUCUACUGAUGAUAUUUUUGUUACAAGGGAACAAUCAGAUUUUAAACUAGAUUCUCUUACGAGAGAACAGUCUGAUUGGAGUUCAGAUUCACAAACUCAAGUAGGAAAACGAGAUUCGCAAGUUGAAUCUCCUGAAGUGAAAGAGGAUUUUCGAUCUUUUGAAGAUCAGGGGUGUGAGGAUUCAGAAAUUGUUACUAGCACAAGCUACUUGCCUAAUCUGUCUAACUCCUUUCAUGUUUCAUGCCAGUCUAGUUUAUAUUCUUCUCAGCAGAAUGAGCCAUAUGGCUCUGUUAUGUUCAAUAAAGAUCCUCAAAUUGUAGAUAAUAGAGUUGACAAGGGGUUGCUACUGCGUUCAUCUGAUGUUCCAAAAGUACGUAAUGGAUACUCUGAAGAUAUGAUAAGUAAAUACAUUGGUUCAGAUACGACAGUUGGACAUUCUUUUUCACUUCCAAGUGAAGUGAAAAAGAAGGUUGUUGGGAGAUUUGGAAGUGAAGCAUCUGAUGCUGACCAUAAUGUUGCUGCAGAUAUGGGGGAAAGCAGUAUAAUAUCAAAUAUGUUGUCAAUGGACUUUGAUGCUUGGGAUGAGUCAUUGACUUCACCGCAGAAUUUGGUUAAAUUGUUGGGUGACAAUAAUAGGCGGGAGGCAUCUAUUAAAUUAUCAAGUUCCUGGAAAGUUCAAAACAACAGUCAGUCCAGGUUCUCUUUUGCGAGACAGGAGGAGUCUAAAAAUGGAGUAUCAGAUAUUGGACCAUCUUUGAACAAUAAUGGGCGAGUGCCGAGGGACCGUGUUUUAGGACUUGAACUUCCAGAAAAAAGCAAGUUUAAUACUGAUAAGCUUGGUGAUUUUAAUGGUUUCUCUACUUUUAACAAUGAGGAACCUGAUAAAUUCGCCGGCAGCUAUUCUUAUUUCUCUUCUAAUAAGCUCUCAGUUUCGAGAGGUCCAGUUUCUGCACCUCCCGGAUUUACAGGGCCCAACAGAGCACCACCUCCGGGCUUUUCUUCUCCUCAGAGAACAGAACCGACUUUUGAUGCCAUGUCUUGGAACACUUUUGUUGAUACUUCCUCAUUGAGAAAUCCAUAUGAGGCACCACCAACAGGAAACAGUGGUAGUGGGGGGGAUAUUGAAUUUAUGGAUCCUGCAAUUUUGGCAGUUGGCAAGGGGAGACUUCCUAGUGGGCUGAAUAACGCUGCCACCUCGGACAUGAGAUCAAACUACUCUUCACAAUUAAGUAGUUCCUUUGAAAAUGGGGCUAGACUGCAGUUAUUGAUGCAAAGAUCUAUUUCUCCAAUACAGAACCAGAGAUUUACCAACUUUGAGGAUGGUUUUGCUCCACAUAGUGAUGCUUACAGAAUCCCUUCAAGGAUUAUGGAGCAACCACAGGCCAGCAGUCCCGCCCCUUUGUCGCAUCUCAAUCUCCAACAGUCCAGUGGUGCAAUCAUGUCAAAUGGUCAGUGGGAUGGUUGGAAUGAAGUUCAUAGCGGAAAUGCUAUGGGCAUGGCAGAGCUUUUAAGAAAUGAGAAGCUGGGAUUUAACAUGUAUACGAGUUACGAGGACUCAAAGUUCCGGAUGCCCAAUUCAGGCGAUAUAUACAAUCGCACAUACGGAAUGUGACUUGUCAUCAAUAUGUUUGUUUGCUUCAGCACGUAUUGGCUUUACUGGAGAAACGGAUUGAUAUGUGGACAAUGGUGGCCUUGGUCGAGAAGGAUGAAACUGACACUUGAUUGGUUUGGCUUUGCGGAUUGCAAAAUGUCAGGGAUCAAAUCCUCGGAAACAAAAGUUGGCAGAAACCUGCAGAACUAUGUAAGAUCCAGCUUUGCUAAUGCUACACAUAUGGUUUGUUGAUGGCUGCCGAGUGUUAUCAUGCGGGCAGAUUAUCUUCCAGAUGUUGAGUAUUUUGCUCCCCAGGGAAAGAUAAUGAUGAGGAAUACAACAACUAACGAUAGGGUAAAUGAACAUUGAAUAGUUUUUGUGGUUGUUUUAUCUUUCUGGGCAGUGGUUGAAGCCUGAGGGCUACACAAGAACUGAAAUUAGUCAUAAAGUUGUCAAUACAUAUUAAUGGUUCUAUUGUUGUAGA